CUAGAAAAUAGGGCUUCGUGGGCUGCUCAAUGGGUAUCAGCAAAAUUGGAUACGUUUUGGUGGCGGCUGAGGCCACCAAUUCAAUGGGUUCAGUUGUUUCCGGUCGUCUGGUCAAAUAUACCGGAAGAUUUCCGGUCUUCCUCGGAGCCUUCUUCCUGAACGUCGUUGGAAUCAUUCAAUUGAUCUACUGGGAACCAAAGCCCAACGAAGGCUACAUGCUUUUCGUCAUGGCUGUGCUCAUGAUGAUGUCUGAAGCUGUUUGGCAAACUCACAUAAAUGGCUUGCAUGGAGUUCUAUUUCCUGACAACAUGGAAGCAGCAUUUGCAGUUUACAAGGUCUGGGAAGGACUCGGUUUCAUGACCGCAUUCUUCGUCAACCCUCUCUUAUGCAUGGAUAUCAAACUCUAUGCAACUCUGAUCCUUCUGAUCAUAGGAAUGGCCUGCUACUGCAUUAUGGAAACCAUUGAGAGCAAUCGGAGUGUGUCUCGUCAUCGUAAUGAUGAGCAAAAGAUCCCUUCAACCCACCCAAGGAGAAGAGCUUCUUCAACAACUAGCAGGAUUGCUAUUUGACAAGGUUCUACUGUUUGAUUUUUUUUCUGCUCGGUGAUUUGUUCAACUGACUUUAUUUGUAAAAACAAAAUUGAACCAAUUGUCGAAAAAGGGAUACAAUUUUGUAUGAACAUUAUGCGCUGCUUGGAGCAGGAGGAUCUGCGCGGUUAUUGCUUUUUUUUGCGAAAAAUACAG